AUGUCAAUUAGUGUAGAGAUUAAGCUUCGCCGAGCGAACAAAAUUUACUAUGAAGGAGAAACGGUCUCGGGCGUCGUGCAGAUAGUAUGUGGUUCGGAAACCAAGCACGACGGCGUAACACUCACACUGGAGGGCUCGGUGAAUCUUCAAAUCAGCAAUAAGAAUGUCGGAAUCUUCGAGGCAUUGUACAACAGCGUCAAACCAAUUACCCUUCUUAACCAGCACAGUGAUCUGGCCCCUUCCGGGAAGCUUCCCAUCGGUACGAGCGAAUAUCCGUUUGAGUUUCCGCUUAUCUGUGCGAAAGAACCGAAAACGCUGUACGAAACGUACCAUGGGGUAUUCGUUAAUAUAAUGUACAUGCUUCGAUGCGACAUCAAGCGCAGCUUUUUGGCCAAAAGUGUGCAAAAAACGCAACAGUUCAUCAUCCAGUACCGACCGGUGGUCGAGCACCCACCAAAGGAGGUCAAUUUCUCAAUUAGUCCCGACACACUGCAGAAGACAGCGAAGGAACGAAUCUCGAUCCCGCGGUUUCUCGUAUCGGUCACGCUUGAUACGACCGAUUGCUGCGUGACAAAACCGUUUACCGGAACUGUAACCGUGCAUCACACGGAGGUGGCUAUCAAAUCGAUAGAAAUACAGCUGGUUCGAGUGGAAACGUGCGGUUGCGCUGAAGGAUAUUCGCGCGAUGCGACUGAGAUCCAGAACAUCCAGAUCGCGGAUGGCAACGUCUGUCCGAAGGUGCCUAUACCCAUUUAUAUGACACUGCCGCGGCUUUUCACAUGUCCGACGCUGAUAACUAAGAAUUUUAAAGUUGAAUUCGAAGUAAAUCUCGUGAUUAUCUUCGGUGACGAUUACCUGGUGACGGAAAACUUUCAAAUACUACUGAACCGAACGGCAUGAUUGAUCAUCCAGAAUACUCAUUCCAACCGUUUUUUUUCCUCUGAAGCAAUAACAUUUUCGGAUCCUCUAAACACGCUGUUAUAUGGCUCUUAACGGAUGGCAAAAAAUGCAAUAGU